AUGGCAGGCUUCAUCUUCCGCGAGAACCGCGUCCCUUACUACCAGCGCCUCUUCCAAGAGGGCCAAAAGAAGCACAUCCGUCAAUGGAACCAGACCCCAAGGAGCAAGAUGCUGCUUUACCCAUACUAUGUCAUUAUGUUCGGCGGCUUUGCUGGCUCAAUGUACAUGAUGUGCCGAACGGUCCUCGGACACAGAACUUGGUUCGGCAAGGACUAA